AUGGAAGAACUUCUUCUCCGCGAUCCGCCAAACAAAUGCACUGCUCCUCUUCUCAGCGUCGACGACAGUACCCUCCUCACUGAGGAGACAAAUUCUACAACGAUGGGACGAGCACUUCCGAGACGUCCUCAACCACCCCUACACCAUAUCCGACGUUGCCAUCGCCUGUUUGUCGCAAUGUGGAGACCAACGUGGACAUCGACCUCCCGCCCCCUCUCUAGGAAACAGUCAGGGGGCGUGCAGAAGCUCUCCAGCGGGAAAGCAUCCGGAUCGGAUGCGAUCCCUGCUGAGGUCUGCAAGCAAGGCGGCCCCAAACUCAUGGAUCCUCUGACUGCGUCCUUCCAGGCGAUGUGGCGUCAGGGAGCAGUCUUGCAAGAUUUCAAAGACGCCACAAUCGUGCAUCUGUCGCACAGAGACUGGCGAACCAGUAUCUGGAGCACCAACCUACAUCCGCCGCACCCGCCCCCGUUGUCCACGCUGCGCUCGCACAUUCAUGCACCGCAUGUGCCUAUUCGGCCACAUGCGCAUCCACGAAAACCUGCGGUGGACGACCGGCGGCUGCACCACACCAUCACGUCACCCCUUCCCUUCAUCUCACCGCACAUCAACACCGCAACAAUCUAA